AUGCUAGCUCAGGAUCCCCUUGAAGAAGUGGACUUGGGAGAGGGGGUAAUAAAAAGGCCGACUUACAUCAGUGCCAACAUUCAUCCUCAACUCAAGAUUGAAGUGGUCCAGUUGCUGAGAGAGUUUAAAGACUGUUUCGCAUGGGACUAUGACGAAAUGCCUGGUUUAAGCAGGGAGCUGGUCAAAUUGAAACUGCCGGUCAAGCCUGGAAAGAAGCCUGUGAAGCAGAACCCAAGACAAUUUGUUCCAGCAAUACUGCUGAAGAUCAAAGAGGAGGUUGAAAGGCUUCUCCAUUGUAAUUUCAUUCGCACGGCCAGGUAUGUCGAAUGGUUAGUUAACAUUGUGCCAGUUCUAAAGAAGAAUGGCUAUGAAUAUUUAAGUAUGCUUGAUGGGUAUUCUGGGUAUAAUCAAAUAUUUAUUGCCGAAGAGGAUGUCCCAAAAAUAGCAUUUCGUUGCCCCGGAGCCUUAGGCACCUACGAAUGGGAUGGGGAUUUUCUAGGUUUCGUCGUCCACAAAAAGGGGAUCGAAAUAAACCAGAAUAAGACCAAGGCCAUCAUGGAAGUGAAAGGGCCAUCGACGAAGAAAGGUUUGCAGUCGCUGCUAGGCAAGAUCAAUUUCCUAAGGAGGUUCAUCUCAAACCUUAGUGGGAAGACGCAAGCAUUCUCACCUUUGCUUCGACUCAACAAUGAAGUGUUUGAAUGGGGGCAGACUCAACAAGAAGCGUUCGAUAAGAUUAAAGCAUACUUGAGCCAUCCAUCAAUCUUAACACCACCUUGCAGAAAUAAAAGUAUGAGAUUGUACAUAUCUGUAUCUGACAAAACCUUAGGGAGCAUGUUAGCCCAGGAGGAUGAUAAUGGUGUCAAAAUAGCCAUUUACUACCUUAGUAGAGUUUUAAACGAUGUAGAAACUAGUCGAAUUGGGAAACGUGCAUUAGCAUUAACUGGACUCUAUUUAACAUGCAUGCCAUUAAGAGCUGUUAAAGGACAAGUGGUAACGGACUUCAUAGUCGAUCACUCCAUUGACGCCAACGCAUUGAACUAUGUCGAAUUGCGACCGCGGAAGUUGUACUUCAACGGAUCUAGUCAAAAAGAUGGAACGGGCAUCGGGGUUGUAAUUAUUUCUCCUAAUAAAAUUCUAACAAAAUUCCAGUACAAAGUAGAAGGUACUUGUUCAAAUAAUGAGGCUGAAUACGAAGCCCUCAUAACAGGACUUGAAAUGUUGAUGGAAUUAGGGGCAACUCGAGUUGAGAUAAUGGGAGACUUGGAUUUGGUCAUAAAACAGAUCAUAAAGGAAUAUAGAUGUGUUAAGGAGAAUUUGAUCAUGUAUUUCAUAAUCACCAGUCGACUAUUAAAAAAUUUCGAAAUGGUUUAUAUUCGACAUAUACCGCGAAUAGAAAACAAGGUAGCUAACGAUUUAACUCAGAUUGCAUCCGGGUACAAAAUUUUAAAGGAAAAGUUGCACAAAGUCGUUGAAGUCAGGGGAAAAUUCGUGGAAACCAUAUUAACGCAAUUAGAUUUAGAAAACACGAAGCUAGGGUAUGCUGAUGAAGGAAAUUUCGAAAUAUUGGCAAUAGACAAUUUGGCAGAUGAAGACUGGAAAAGGCCAAUAGUGGUGUAUCUGCAGAAUCCAACAACGUCUACUGAUUGA